AUGGCGACAUCAGAGCAAACCAGCAAAGGCCGCGUUGUCGGCGACUUAUCGUGUCAAUCGGAUUCAUACCUCAAGACCCUCGAAACAGAAGUAAUCUCGUGUGAGAAGGCGCCAAAGCAAGCGCACAAGUCAAAGAAGAGCAAUGGGCAUUCUCAUUCGCAUGAUGAGUGGUUAAUCGAAUGCGCUGACUCGGUGCUGUUUCCUGAAGGUAUUGCACUCCCUCUUUUAUCAGCUGUAGGAGACUUUACUGACAUUCGACUAGGCGGCGGUCAACCUUCAGAUCAUGGCACAAUCAUCCCCCUCUCAGGCUCAGACCAAACCCCCAUCCCCAUAAAGAACGUUCAGCGGCAAGGCCUCCGCUGCGUAAUCUAUUCCCCCAAGCCCCUAUCCCCCGGUGACAGAAUCCGUCAAGAAGUCGACUGGAAGCGAAGAUGGGAUCACAUGCAGCAGCAUACUGGCCAACAUCUCCUCUCCGCUGUGAUGCAGAACCGACAUGAUCUCAAGACUCUUGGCUGGGGCAUGGGCGCUGACGAGAGCAUGAACUACGUUGACUUGCAACGAAAACCAACAGAGGAGGAGAUGCAGGCUAUUCAGAAUGAGUGUGCAGAGUUGAUCCGUGAGAAUCUGCCGAUUCGGGUUGAGACGCCGGAUGAUGCGAAGCAUGAUAAGCUUCCUGGUGAUUACGACAAGUCUGAUGGUGUUGUACGCGUGAUUCACAUUGGGGAUCUUGAUACAAACACAUGCUGCGGAACUCACCUCUCCCAAACAUCUCACAUCUCCCUCAUAAUCCUCGGCUCAACACAAUCUGUCCACGGUAAGAACUGCCGUCUAUCCUUCAUAACCGGCGAUCGAGCCAUCAAGCUCGCAACAUCAUCCGUCAGUGCCAUAAGCUCCAUCGCGAAGCUCCUCUCAUCCAGCAACGUCCCUAGCGAAGUCGUCUCCCGAACUACAGCGCUUUCCGACACAGUCACGGACUUGAAACGCUCUGAGCGAAAGCUCUUACUUGAGGUUGCAAAGUUUGAGAGCGAGCAGGCUAUUCGGAUCGUUGUGCAGAACAGGAUGAAUGCGUAUAUUCACCGUUACGAUGGGAAUACGGACUUUAUUAAUAAGAUUGUUGGGGAGACGAGAGAUGUUCUCCAGGGCACGGGCUUUGUGGUUGUCAUUGCUAUUGGGGAGCCAAAGGGCAGUGGGCCGGUGGUUAUUGUUGGUGAUCAGAUUGCUGUCGAUGCGAUGGCGCAGAAGGUAAAGGCAGUUGUCCCGGAUAUCAAGGGUGGAGGUGCGGGAGGUAAAUGGCAAGGCAAGGUGAAGGAGUGGACGAAUGCGCAGCUUAUGGCGCUAAAGGAGGUCGCCGAGUCGUGA